AUGAGGUGGCUCAUCUCGUACGUGUUCCUUAUUGUCUCCAUCGCCAGCGCACAUUGCUACUUUAUCACCGUAGAUGCGCAUGCUGAGGAAUGUUUCUUUGACAAAGUCGAAUUUGGCACCAAGAUGGGCCUCACAUUUGAGAUAGCAGAGGGUGGAUUUUUAGAUAUAGAUGUAAAGAUAAUAGGACCUGAUGGUAGAAUGAUCUACCAAGGUGAGCAAGAGAGCAGUGGAAAAUAUACCUUUGCUGCGCACACGUCUGGUGUUUAUACCUAUUGCUUUAGCAAUCAGAAAAGCACAAUGACACCAAAAGUAGUAAUGUUCAAUAUGGACAUUGAUGAAAAUCGCAAGCAGACUGAUGAACACGGCGGAGAAGGUCAAGAUGGGGACAGCAGUCAUGGAAAAUUAGAUGAUAUGAUUAAAGAUUUGAGCACCAGUUUGUGUGUAAAGAAUGAGCAAGAGUACAUGCAGGUUCGCGACCGCAAUCAUAGAGCGAUCAACGAGAGUACAAAUUUCCGAGUUGUAGUGUGGGCGUUUUUCGAAGCUAUGGUGCUGGUUUGCGUAACGAUAGGGCAAAUCUUUUACUUGAAGCGAUUCUUUGAAGUACGAAGAAUCGUGUAAUAUAGGAUAUUUAAUGAUACAUUUCAUGAAUAAAUUGUACAUUUUUCUAAUUUGUAAUUAAAUUAUAUCUCUCAUUGCGACAAGUCAUUUCUGUGGUAAGGACGGUCUCCAGUCUGUUGAACCCCAGCCGAAUCAAACUGUACAUCACUAGUAUUAAGCGAAGGUAUUUCCUAUAUCUGUAAGAUUUCUAAUAAAUAAUUUGUAACGGGACAAGAUAUUUAAUCGAGCAGGACGCGUAGUUGUAAAUGUCUCUGUAAUGACAAAUAUCGAGUAAAAACUUAUAUCUGUAACGAGAAGAAAUAUGCAUCUUUCUGUAUAUCAAUGAUCUAUUUAGUCAAAUCAGAUCUGAUUUUGUAGUUAUCUUUUUAUUCAUUUUUCUAUGAGUAAAACAAAUGUGGAUAUAGUCUGCUGUUAAAAAAUUUAUUUUUACACAGAAUAAAUAAAUUCGUUACGUUUUA